UGAGUGUAGUUGUCACGUAGUGGUUUGAACAACAUUUCCUUUUAUGUUCUGCGAUCAUUUCACUGCCAUAGUUCUCCGGUGAAAUGCUUCGGCAUUGGAGGUGAGGUGACAUUUCUAUCCACCGCUGUGGUGGCAGACAUCUUUCCAUACAGAACGCUGUGCUGCAUCGGUCUCCGAUAAAAUGGCUGCCGCCAUAAAUUGCAGACAUUUUGAUGAAUAAUCUAUUUUUCAUAUUCACAAGACGGUUCUUUAUUGAGACUGGCAUAGCACUACUAUAUUUCCCACUAUUCUCGUCUUUCCCUCCGUCACGUGUUAGUGACAUCAUCAGAAAGCCGACACUGAGGGGGUUACAGAGAGAGAGCUGAAGGCUUGGAGCUGAGAAGGAAGGUGUAUGGAAAGGGGUCGUAAGGGGCCUAUAAUAGAGCUCAUGUAUAAGUGACGUUACUUCAUAAGGAGCAUGGACCAGAGUCAUAUGACUGAGAAGAUAUUGCACCUUACCUUGGAGAUUAUCUACCUGCUGACUGGAGAGGAUUAUGGACCUAUUAAGAAACCCAAAGAGUUCAGAGAAAAAAUUCAGGGCCUCAUCUUGGAACCUCCUCUUUCACGAAAACAUGGGAGAAACAAUGAGCAGAAGAUCCUGGACCUCACCAACAAGAUCAUUGAACUGCUGACUGGAGAGGUUCCUAUAAGAUGUCAGGAUGUCACGGUUUAUUUCUCCAUGGAGGAGUGGGAGUAUUUAGAAGGACACAAGGAUCUGUACAAGAAUGUCAUGAUGGAGACUCCUCAGCCCCUCACAUCACAAGAUGGGUCUAGUAACAGGAAUACACCAGGCAGAUGUCCCAGUCCUAUUUAUCUACAGGAUGUUGUGGAAGAAGACAGUGUGUCCCAGAGCUACCCGGAGGAGGAUUUGAAUAUUAUAGUUGUUGACGUUGUACCAAAAACUGAACAAGAAGAGAAGAUAAAGAUUAAAGAGGAAGAUACUCCUGAUUAUCUUGGCUCUGACAUUGAAGCCAUAUACAGCAGUCCAGCCCAGAGCUUACAAGAAAGAUACCAGGGUGUGGGCCAGGUUGACUAUUCUGAAUUCUCCAGUGGCCAAUCUGAUCCAGAUACACAGAACCUUAAACAAUAUAUUUGCCCAGACUGUGGAAAAUAUUUUUCUCGCCUUUCACAUUUCACCAUCCAUCGGCGAAUUCACACAGGAGAGAAGCCAUACGUCUGCUCAGAAUGUGGAAAGAGCUUUUCUUGUAAUUCCUAUCUGGUCAAGCACCAGCGGAGUCACACAGGGGAGAAACCGUUCGCCUGCUCAGAGUGUGGAAAGUGUUUUAAUCAGAGUUCUAACCUGUUCAAGCACCAGAAAACUCACACUGGCGAUAAACCAUUCAUGUGCUCCCUGUGUGGGAAAUGCUUCACCCAAAAAUCUCAUCUUGCCAUCCACCAGAUCAUCCACACCGGGGAGAAAAGAUUCAACUGUCCAGAGUGCAGAAAAUGCUUCAGCAAUAAUGCCAGGCUAGUUGCUCAUAUACGGGUUCACACAGGAGAAAAACCUUUUGGUUGUUCUUUGUGCGAUAAACGCUUCACACAGAAGUCCCAUCUGGUGAAACACCAAGUGGUCCACACUGGAGAGAAACCAUUUGGGUGUUCAGAAUGCGGAAAGUGUUUUAUUAGUAACUCGCAUCUUGUGAUACACCAAAGAAUCCACACAGGAGAGAAGCCAUUUUCCUGUACAGAAUGUGAAAAGAAGUUUACCCAAAAAUCGGACCUGGUACGCCAUGCGAAAAUCCACGUAGGAGAUAAACCGUAUUCCUGUACAACAUGUGGGAAGCAGUUCCUUUGUAAGGCUUAUCUAGUCCAGCAUCACAAAGUGCACAGAGGGGAGAAGGGAACGUGCGCUACAUAAAAAGUGAUAAUCAGUUAAAAAAUCUAAUUAUAUUUUAUUUUUUGUACGGUAAGAAGAAAAGCAAUAUAAAGUAAUUUUACUCUAUGGGUCAUAUUA